AUGGCUGAAAGGUACAUUAAUCUUACCUCACAGGAGGCGGGUGCCGCUGCCUUAAGAGCCGCAGACUUUAACAAUUCAAAAUAUGCGGCUCUUGCAGAAAGCAAAAUUUUUCAGCCAGUCUGCAUUGAGACCUUUGGUCCAACCGAUGCUCAGACUCAGAAUUUUCUGAAUGAACUCUGUAGCAGGAUUGUAGAAGUAUCGGGUGACCCAUUAGAUAAGAGUUAUGUAAAGCAAUCCUUUUCUAUUUUACUUCAAAAAUAUAAUUCUUUCUGUAUUUUGGAUAGAGCGUUAAAAUACCUGUCUGUACAUAGAUUAAAGCUGAACCCGGAUAUGAUUAUUACUUCCCUAUAG